UCUUCAGUCUAUGAAACACCACCUCUGGCUUUGUUCCUGGACUCUGUCAAAGACACUGUUUAUUCUAAUGGACAGAGACCCAUAGUGCAAGAACAUGUCCCAGGACCAGGGCUUCCAGGUCACUCAGGCAGCAGAGUACACCUACAAUCACCACAGAAUGACAUCACUUUGUCGAGAAGAAUACCACAUACAGGGAGAUAUGUCUUCAUCGUCCAUUACUACCAGGCUGAAAACCCUACAUUUCCUGUAUCAGUCAUAGUGAAUGGGGGAGCACAGUACUCAGGUACUUUCAAUGCUUCAUAUUGCCCUCAUGUGUUUGGCUGCCGAGAAUUGGUGGUUGCCGGUAAUCGUAUUGGUCUUGAUGUCACUAACCCAGACCUGUCAGUGACAGUGACAGCUCCUCCAGAUAAGCUGCUGAUUUUGGAGUCCAUCCUGUUGGUCCCAGCAGACAGUUACUCAUAUGACCUUCUGCAAGAGAGACCCUUGGAUAAAUCUUUUGACUUUAUUAAUAUAUGUGGGGAAAACAGCUUUUAUAUUGAUCCAAUUACCUCACCUGAGUUCUGCAGAGAUUCGGCAAGAUCGCUCGUUGCUUAUUAUAAUGAUGGAACAUUGCCAUGCCAAUGCGACCUAGAGGGAGCCACAAGCCCAAACUGCAAUCCUAUGGGCGGACAGUGCACCUGCAGACCCAAUGUUAUUGGGAGAACAUGUAGUCAGUGUGCUACUGGCUACUAUGGAUUUCCCCACUGUAGACCAUGUAACUGUGGUCGUCGUCUUUGUGAUGAAGUAACUGGCAGAUGCAUCUGUCCUCCUCAUACAGUCAGACCUUUAUGUGAAGUGUGUGAACAAAAGUCAUUCAAUUACCACCCUCUUUUGGGAUGUGAAGGGUGCAACUGUUUACCCAUAGGCAUAAUACAGUCAUCCAACCCAGAGUGCGAUGGGAUAAGUGGACAGUGCAGAUGUAAACUGAGAAUAACGGGCAGGCAGUGUGAUCGUUGUGCUCCAGGUUUUUUUUCCGCUUUCCUGACUGUGUUCCGUGUAACUGCAAUCCAGAUGGCACACAGCCUCAGAUCUGUGAUCACCACACUGGUGUCUGCUUGUGCAAGGAAAAUAUUGGAGGUACAAGAUGUGAUGCUUGCCAGAGUGGAACAUUUUAUUUUGAUCCUUCAAACUCCAAAGGAUGUACCAAAUGUUUUUGUUUUGGAGCAACAGAAGUUUGCCAUUCUUCCAGCAAGCACAGGAAAAAGUUUGUAGACAUGAGGUCGUGGAGUUUGGAGGCACCAGAUCAGACCACAGUAGCUGUCACCUUCAACCCAGGUAGCAACAGUGUUGUAGCAGAUGUGCAAGAAUUACCACCAUCUGUUCACAGUCUGCACUGGAUGGCACCAGAGUCAUACUUGGGAGAGAGGAUUUCUUCAUAUGGAGGCUCUCUGACAUAUCAGCUGAAGUCCUUUGGCUUGCCAAGUGAAGGCAUGGUACUUCUAGACAAGCGUCCGGAUGUUUUGUUAACAGGUAGACAAAUGACUGUUGUUUAUGUGGAUCCCAACAAUCCUUUACCAGACAGGCAAUACUAUGGUCGUGUUCAGCUUGUGGAGGGGAACUUCCGGCAUGCAAGCAGCAACAGCUUAGUGUCUCGAGAAGAGCUUAUGAUGAUCUUGUCCAGACUGGAAAGCUUACAUAUCCGAGCCUUGUACUUUACCGAGACUCAGCGCCUCACCCUCGGAGAGGUUGGCCUUGAGGACGUCACCAUCUCAGGAAGUGGGCGUGUAGCACACAGUAUAGAGAUAUGUGCCUGCCCUCCCGAAUAUACAGGUGACUCAUGCCAGGAAUGUGCACCUGGGCACUACCGUGAGAAUCAGGGCUUGUACUUAGGAAGGUGUGUCCCAUGUAGGUGUAAUGGACAUUCAACACGAUGUCAAGAUGGGUCAGGAGUAUGCAUCAACUGCCAGCAUAAUACCGCAGGUGACCACUGUGAAUUGUGCAAAGAAGGUUACACUGGGAAUGCUGCAGAGGGGUCCUGUAGCUUAUGUGCUUGUCCUCUCCCUGUGCUUUCAAACAGCUUUGCCACAGGAUGUACAGGUAGCGGGAGAAAUCUAAAUGUUUUUGCAAGCCUGGAUACACUGGAUAUAACUGUGGAGAAUGUGCACAAGGAUACUAUGGCAAUCCAUUACGGUUGGGUGGCAAGUGUCAACCAUGUAACUGUGGUAAUAAUGGGCAGUUGGGCAGUUGUGAUCCUUUAACUGGAGAAUGCCUUGAUGAAGAUCCAAAGGACACUGGAGAUGAUAACUUAUGUGACAGCUGCGUUGACACUCUAGUGAAGGAUCUCAUGACAAUACAAGAUGAACUCAACCUGAUAAAGGCAAGGCUGCAAAGCUUUAAUGCCUCCAGCCGGUCACUGAAGCAGAUCAGAGAUCUGGAAGCCCGUAUCCAAGAAGUAAAACUACAGUAUGACAUUUAUAACAGUAAACUUACAAGUCAACGACAGAAAGUGGACAGUGUAGAGAAGGAAACUAACGAACUUAAACAGAAGAUAGCAGCUCUGCUCGAAAAGGCUCAAAUGAAUUUUAAGAAGUACGAAAACAUCAUGAAAAAUGCUGAUGAUACUUUCCGUAGCGCUAGCAAAAUGCUUCUGAACAUUGAUGUACUCCUGAAGAACAUUAAGAUCCUCAUUAAAGAGAUUGCAAGUGGACCAGCUGAACCAUCAAGUCCUGGAGAAGUGUCCUCUAAAAUGGCUGAGGUCCAACGCAUGUUAAAUGAGAUGCGAAAGCGCAAUUUUAACACACAGAAAGCAGAAGCAGAACGGGAGAAAGAAGAGGCCAAAUCUUUACUGAACCGCGUAAGAAAUCAGUUCCAGAAGCAUAUUGACCAGCAUAAGGAGCUCAUGAAGGAAAUCAAUAAGUCAAUAAAAGAUUUUGAGACCAAAAUUAAUGAUCUCCGGGAUGCUCUAGAUGAGGCUUCAGCACAAACCAAACAAGCAAAUAACCUCAACAAAGACAACACAGUUAUCCUGGAUGAUCUUAAGAAAAGAGUUGCUGAAUUAACCAAACAACAAAAAGAGGCAGCCGGUCAUCUUAAAGGAGCAGAGACCAGCCUGGGGCAGACCAGUAGUAUGUUAAGUUUGCUACAGAAGAGUAAAGAGGAAUAUGAGAGGCUUGCAGCACAGCUGGAUGGUGCUAAGCAGGAGCUUAAUGAAAAGGUGAACAUUCUGUCCAAGGCAGCCAGUAAGGAACCUCUAGUGAUUAUGGCAGAAGACCAUGCAAAGUCUCUGCAGAACUUGGCCAAUCAGCUGUUGGAAAUCAGACGGAAUACCAGUGAGGAGGAGCUGGUUCGCUGUGCUGUUGAUGCUUCCAAAGCUUAUGACGACAUUAUAAAUGCUGUGAAAGCUGCUGAAGAUGCUGCAAAGAAGGCAAAGUCAGCGGCUGAUUCUGCUUUGGCGAAAGUACAAAAUGAAGAUCUACCUGGGAAAGCCAAGAAAUCUCUUACAGACUCUGAGGCACUAUUGGAACAGGCAAAGAAAACACAAAAAUCACUCAGAGAUGUAAACCCAGAGCUUGAAGACCUAAAGGACAAACUGACAGAGGCCACAGAUAAGAAGAAGACAUUGUCGGAUGACCUCACAGCUGUCCAAAAUAGCAUCAAUGCCAUCAAAAGAGAUGAUAUUGAGAGAAUGAUCAACAAUGCCAAAAACGUAGUUACAAAUGCAAAUACAAUUACUGAUGGUGUUAAGAAAGACUUAAAACCCAUUGAAGAAGAUGUAAACAAUCUUAAAGGCACAAUUGGAGCUGGACAAAAUGAGAUGUUCAAUGAAAUACUAAAAGAGGCGAGUGAAUCUGUGAAUCAACUAAGUGGAAGCCUGCCUGGUGUCUUUGAGACUAUGGGUCGCAUCAAUAAUCUGAUGCCGUUAGGAAAUAUAUCUGAGAGCGUCAGUCGUAUCAGGGAGUUGAUUCAGCAAGCCCGAGAUGCUGCAAAUAAGGUGGUAGUACCAAUGAGGUUUGAUGGAAGUUCUGGAGUAGAGGUGCGGCCUCCCAGUAACUUGGAAGAUUUGAAAGCCUAUACAUCUCUGUCAUUCUUUCUUCAAAGGCCACAAAAUCGAGGAGACCGUCGCAAACGUCAGUUGCCUCCAAACAUGUUUGUCAUGUAUCUGGGCAACAAAGACGCUACAAAGGAUUACAUAGGACUUGCUAUAGAAGAUGAUAAACUCAAGUGUAUGUACAAACUGGGAAAUGAUGUGGCAGAAGUCAAUGUGGAGACAUUUGUAUCAGUCAAUAAACCUGAUGAAGCCAUAAUGGACAGAGUUGUCUUAGAAAGGAUCUACCAAUAUGUUACAUUAAAUUAUACAAAGGCAUUCACAUCAAAUAAACCAGACCCUAUUAUGAGCUACACUACCGAUGUGCAGCAAGGCACUCUGCUCAACCUCAAUGAAAAUGAUGUUGUCUUUUAUGUUGGAGGAUACCCAGAUGACUUCACGCCGCCACGAGGAUUGGACUAUCAAAGAUACAGAGGAUGCAUUGAACUAGAUGACCUAAACCAAAAAGGAAUCAGCUUGUACAAUUUCCGAAAGACAUUUAACCUCGACACUAAAAAAGUGGAACCUUGCAAAAGAUACAAGGAAGAAUCAGAAAGAAGUUUCUUUGAAGGUAUUGGAUAUGCCACCAUAACAUAUACUUUGCCAACUGGGGAUAACCUGCGGUUACGUUAUGAGCAGACUAUCCAGACCACAGCAGAUAAUGGCUUAUUAUUCUUUGCAGAAAAAGAGGACAAUUACAUCAGUGUUGAAAUUGAAGAUGGCAUUCUUGUCCUCAAAUAUAAGCUAAAUUCAGACCCAGUGAAACAAAUUAAGAGUACUUUUGGACGUGUAAAUGAUGGAAAGGAGCAUUUGACUGAGGUGUAUAUUAUACCAAAGACUAAAUUGCUACGUGUACGUCAAGGUCUGCAAAGCAUAAACGAUACAGGUGUUGAUGUAUUUACCUUUUCUACUUACUAUUUGGGUGGAGCCCCAUCAUCACUUAUGAAAAAGUUUGACAUAAAUACUCCUCCUUUCCGUGGAUGUGUUAAAAAUGUUAAGUCCCCACAGAGUGGAACCACAUUUUCAGAAACAUACGGAGUCAACAGAAGAUGCUAUGAUGAGUGGAAUAUUGUCAGAUCAGCAGAGUUCUCAAAUGGUGGAACUCUGGGACUGAAACCAGCUGGCUUCUCCUUCCCAGGUGACUUUCAAGCAUCAUUUGGUUUUCAAACACCCCAGAACAAUGCCAUGCUGCUUACUCACCAGACACAGUCUGAUGACCUAAAGGUAUCUCUAAAGGAUGGAACUGUAACUGUAGAAACAAAAAAUGUUCAGCUACAAUCAAAGAACGAAUAUGGAGAUGGAUCAAUGCAUUAUGUAUCUGUGAUAAAGCAGAAUGAUGAGUUGAAACUUUUAGUUGAUGACAAGGAUGUGACAGAAAACGCGGAUUCCUCUAGAACCUCAAAUUUAUCACCCACGGACAUUUACCUUGGAGGACGUGGAUUUAAAGGCUGUGUCACUAAUGUUUUCAUUUCCAGAGCACAACGAAAGCCUACUAUUCAGGACCUUGCUGUGAACACAGAGAAGAAUAAGGUGUCGCUUGGAGCAUGCACGCAAGAUGAGGCCCCAUUGCCUCUCAUACUGAAGGCAAUGAAGCAACCGUUAAGCCUCAGCCUUAAUGACUUUGGCACGUAUGACCCGAACCUAAAUAGCAUUCAGAAGAGCUGCCCUAUUCACGCAAACUUGACAUCCUCUCCGGGAUCCUUUAUGUUUGGUGAUUCUCCAAAAAGCCACUUGAUCUAUGAUCUAAACAAGCAAAUUUUCAAAGAGAGGUCACACUUCUCAUUGGAGGUACGCACUGUCAAAUCGUCUGGCUUGAUACUCCUAAUGACUGACAAACAGGCAUCCAGUCACUUGGCUCUUCAUAUAUCCAAGGGGCACUUUGUGUUUUCUUUGGGAACUAAAGACAACAAAAUAAAAAUAAGAAGCCAAGACACAUACAAUGAUGGCAAGUGGCAUACAGUUGUGUUCAGCUGGGAUGGGCUAAAUGGCCGACUUGUCAUUGAUGGGUUAAAGGCUCGAAAAGGAAGCAUGAGAAAACAGUUCAGCCUGGAAGCUAUGACACUACUUUUACCUUGGUAGCGUUCCAUCUCUUAAAGUACAGGGUAUGCCAAAGAAAAGCUUUACUGGUUGUCUGAAAAAUGCUAAGAUAAAUGAGGUGCCUUUAGAAAAACCAUCACGCACAAUCGGUGUCAUCCCUUGUUAUGAAGGCUCUUUUUGAACCAGGAAUGUAUUUUGCUCAAGAGGAAGGAUACAUUGUUGCAGAUAGUACUUUUGACACAGGACUUGAAUUUGAAAUUAGCUUUGAAAUCCGACCACAAGACCUGUCCAAUGUAUUAUUACAUCUGGGGGACAAAACAGACAACAGACUGAGCCUUUACAUGGAUAACGGGAAGGUAACCAUAUCUGUGAAUAAUGGUGCUGGUGAUUUUAAAGCCUCAGUUACUUCUACAGAGGUGCUGUGUGAUGGCAAAUGGCAUACCAUAACAGUGAGCCAGAAGAGAAAUGCUGUUCAUCUCUAUCUAGACAAUGAAUCAAAGCAGACAGUAGGUUCCAACUCUGCAAUGCGAUCAAGUACUAAGGCUCCAUUGUACAUUGGAGGAGUCCCAGAUGCCUUGGAAAUGCCAUGGCUUCCUGUCAAGAGAUCCUUUGCGGGCUGUAUGAAGAACCUGAAAGUCAAUAAAAAAGAUAUUAACCUAAGUAAAACCUUAAAACUCCAUGGUGCCGUCAGCCUAAGCAAAUGUCCUGCAGUGUAA